UCGGUGUCCGUCACUAGGCGAUCUCUGCCUGGAUGUGAGCCCGUGUGCGUCCAGCGGAGAACCGGAGAACCCGGAGAACCCGGAGAACCGGAGAACCACAGGAUGGGGAAGAAGCAGAAGAAGUCCGGGGAGGACAGUGCCAAAGACGACGUCGACCUCGAUGCUCUGGCUGCAGAGAUCGAAGGAGCCGGAGCCUCAAAGGAGCCCAAAGGGAAGAAGAAGAAGAAAGGAGCCAAGAAGGAGGACUAUGACGAGGAUGAAAUCCUGAAGGAGCUGGAGGAGUUGUCUCUGGAGACUCAUGGAGGAAAAGGGAAGAAAGCCGACGCUGCAGAGGAGGCCGAGAUCGUCGAGCCUCCCAAACCAGAGAAGAAGAAAACCAGGAAGGGGAAGAAAGGAGGAGCCAGCCCCGAGGAGGAGGAGGGAGAGGAAGGUGAAGCUCAGAAUGAUGGAGAGCAGAGGAACGGAGAGAAAGACGACAAGAAGGCGCCUCCUGCUGCUCCUCGCUCCGACUCUGGGGACGACAGCGGCUCACAAUCUCGCCAAAAGACCAAAGGAGGUAAAAAAGCGUCUGUGUCGGAGGAAGAGGAGAAAAAAGACGUAGGAGGAGGAGGAGGAGCGAAGGAGGAGGACGGGUCAGAUGGCGAAAACGAAGGAGACUUCACCUACAGGAGAGAGAAGAAGAAGAAGAACAAAGGUAAAGGGGCGAAGCAAGACAGCGAAGAUGAGCAGGAGGAGGAGCAGCAGCAGGAGCAGCAGCAGGAGGAGGGAGGAGAAGGCUUCAAGAUGAAGACGGCGGCGCAGAAGAAGGCAGAGAAGAAGGAGCGGGACAAGAAGAAGAAGGAGGAGGAGAGGUUGAAGCAGAAGAAGCAGAAGGAGAAGGAGAAGGAGGGCAGCGUGGAGCCGCAGAAAGAGCCAGAGAAGAAGACGGUGGAGGCCACGCCCCCGCCGGACGCCGCACCUGAAGCGGCAACGGAGGAGCCGGAAGGGGCGGAGCCAGCAGGUGACGAGGAGGUGGAGGGCGACAAGAAGAAGAAGGACAAGAAGAAGAAGGGGAAGGGGAAGGAGGAGAAGGAGGAGAAGAAGAAGGGACCCAGCAAGGCCACUGUGAAGGCCAUGCAGGAGGCCCUGGCCAAGAUGAAAGAGGAGGAGGAACAAGCAAAGAGGGAGGAGGAGGAGCUCCUCCUGAGAAUGGAGGAGAUGGAGAAGCAGAGGCUGGAGCAGGAGCGCCUGGAUCAGGAGCGUAAGGAGAAGAAGAAGCAGAAGGAGAAGGAGAGGAAGGAGCGUCUGAAGAAGGAGGGGAAGCUGCUGACCAAAGCCCAGAAGGAGGCGCGAGCUCGGGCCGAGGCCACGCUCGAACUGCUGAGGGCUCAGGGUGUUGAGGUUCCGUGCAAAGACAAUCUGCCGAAGAAGAAGCCGGUUUACGGGGACAAGAGGAGGAAGAAGCCGAGCGUUCAAACCCCUGAAGAAACAUCAGAGGUCACCUCCCCGACCCCGGAGACGCCAGAGCCCGUCGCGACGGAGGCUGAGACGCCGGCCCCGACGCCGGCCGCAGAGCCAGAGGUGAAGCCAGAGCCGGCGGUAGACGACUGGGAGGCCAUCGCCACCGAUGAGGAGAAAGAGUUGAAGAAAGUCCACAUCGAGGUGAAGGAGGACUCCUCUGCUCCUCCUCGGCCUACAGGCAGCGACGAAGACGAGGAGGAAGACGAGGAGGAGGAUGAGGAUGAAGACGACGACGACGAUGAGGAGGAGAGCGAUGACGAGGCGGCGAAGAAGGAGGCGAUAAAGGAGACGACGCCGGCGGCGACGAGCCACGGGAAGAGGAAGACGAAGGAGAGCGAAGACGAGAGCAGCGACAGUGACGACGACGACAGGACGAAGGAGGAGCGUCUGUACGACCGCGCCAAGAGGAGGAUCGAGAAACGGAAGGCGGAGAACAUUAGGAACAUCGACCUGGACCGGCUGAGGUCUCCGGUGGUCUGUGUGCUGGGACACGUGGACACGGGGAAGACCAAGAUCCUGGACAAGCUGCGACACACUAACGUUCAGGACGGAGAGGCCGGAGGAAUCACUCAACAGAUCGGAGCCACAAACGUCCCGAAGGAGACGAUCGAGGAGCAGACGAGGAUGGUGAAAAACUUUGAAAAAGACAACCUCCGGAUCCCCGGCAUGCUGAUCAUCGACACACCAGGUCACGAGUCCUUCAGUAACUUGAGGAACAGAGGCAGUUCUCUGUGUGACAUCGCCAUCCUGGUGGUGGACAUCAUGCACGGCCUGGAGCCUCAAACGCUGGAGUCCAUCAACCUGCUGAAGGAGAAGAAGUGUCCCUUCAUCGUGGCCCUCAACAAGGUGGACCGUCUGUACGACUGGAAGAGGAGUCCGGAGACGGACGUGGUUGCGACGCUGAAGAAGCAGAAGAAGAACACUAAGGACGAGUUUGACGAGCGGGUCAAGGCCGUCAUCGUGGAGUUCGCUCAGCAGGGUCUUAAUGCCGCCUUGUUCUUCGAGAACAAAGACCCGCGGACCUUCGUGUCUCUGGUUCCCACCUCGGCCCACAGCGGGGACGGCAUGGGGAACCUCAUCGCUCUGCUGGUGGAACUCACCCAGACUCUACUGGCCAAAAGACUGGCCCACUGCGACGAGCUGAGGGCUCAGGUCAUGGAGGUGAAGGCUCUUCCCGGUAUGGGGACCACGAUAGACGUGAUCCUGAUCAACGGGCGUCUCCGUGAGGGGGAGACCAUCAUCGUUCCGGGGGUUGAAGGACCAAUCGUGACUCAGAUCAGAGGGCUGCUGCUGCCCCCCCCUCUGAAGGAGCUCCGGGUCAAGAGCCAGUAUGAGAAGCACAAGGAGGUGUCGACGGCUCAGGGAGUGAAGAUUCUGGGUAAAGACCUGGAGAAGACUCUGGCAGGGCUCCCCCUGCUGGUGGCCCACAAGGAGGACGAGAUCCCCGUGCUCAGGGAUGAGCUGAUCCGGGAGCUCAAACAGACUCUGAGCUCCAUCAAGCUGGAGGAGAAAGGAGUCUACGUCCAGGCCUCAACGCUGGGCUCUCUGGAGGCUCUGCUGGAGUUCCUCAGGACCUCCAAGGUCCCUUACGCCGGUAUCAACAUCGGUCCGGUUCACAAGAAGGACGUGAUGAAGGCGUCGACGAUGCUGGAGCACGACCUUCAGUACGCAGUGAUCCUGGCGUUCGACGUGAAGGUGGAGAGGGAGAGUCAGGAGAUGGCCGACAGUCUGGGGGUUCGGAUCUUCUCGGCUGAAAUCAUCUACCAUCUGUUCGACUCCUUCACCAAGUUCAGAGAGGACUACAAGAAAGCCAAGCAGGACGAGUUCAAACACAUAGCAGUUUUCCCGGCGAAGCUGAAAGUCCUUCCUCAGUUCAUCUUUAACUCCAGAGACCCGAUCGUGAUGGGGGUCACCGUGGAGGCCGGAGUGCUGAGGCAAGGAACGCCACUCUGCGUCCCCAGUAAAGGGUUUGUUGACAUCGGCAUCGUCACCAGCAUCGAGAUGAACCACAAGUCUGUCGACAGCGCCAAGAAGGGCCAAGAGAUCUGCAUCAAGAUCGAACCCAUCCCCGGGGAGUCGCCCAAGAUGUACGGACGCCACUUUGAAGCCACCGACUUCCUCGUCAGCAAGAUCACUCGGGCGUCCAUCGACGCUCUGAAGAACUGGUUCAGAGACGAGAUGACGAAGAACGACUGGCAGCUGAUCAUGGAGCUGAAGAAGACCUUCGAGAUCAUCUGAGGGACCACACACACACACACACACACACACACACACACACACACACACACACACACACACACACACAGUAUUCCAACGUGCCUGUUCUUCAGCAUCUACGUUGUUAUCAUUUCUUCUUCUUCUCCGGUUUGUGGCGGCAGCUUUGUGUCCCAUGCUCCGCCCCCUCCAGCCUCCUCCCCCAGACUUAACGAGCUUAACGAGGAGCUGGUGUGCAGCCAAAACACAGGUGCAUUGUGGGAUUUGUAUUGAGCGGCACCGGGGCUGGAAGAGGAGGAUGAAAAUAAAUCUAUUUUUUUUUUCUGGUUCUCACAAAAGACCAAACAUCAGUGAAGCGACGGCGUCGACUUUAAAAGACUUUUCAGAGCCGACUCGUGAGGUUUGAAAGACGGACGGAAGAUUUUAAACUGUUUCUGCUGAUGUAAUAAAAACUCCCAUGAUUCUGAUGAAACCUGCAAAGUCUUCACUCCGUUUUCUGUUCUAAGGAGAAACGCCGCGACUGUCCGUUAUAAAAACGAUGCUCAACACAAUUUAAAAGCUUUUAUUA